AUGCCGCCAAAGAAACGCGAGAACGAUGCGGAUACCACCAACGCUCCCGCAACAACAGCUCCUGUCAAACGUCAGCGAGUCUCUCUUGCAUGUGAUUCCUGUCGAACUGCGAGAGAGAAGUGCGAUGGCGCCCGUCCUCACUGUGGAACAUGUACUGCACAAAACAGGCCAUGUUCGUAUACCCCUGCGUCGCGGAAGAGAGGUGUACAAACUGGCUACCUCCGGACAAUUGAGCUGUCCCUCGCCUGGCUCUUUGAACAGGUUCCUGGGUGCGAAGGGGCUCUACACCAUCUUCUUACACAGGAUGAUGGUGCAGAAGGUACUCGCAUCCUCGCAACCAAAGAUAAAGCCAACCAUCGACUAUACCGACGAUGGAACAAGAGCCGAGUUCAUAAGGAUAUUGGCAGGUUACUAUCGAAUGAAAAGACACCACAGAACGAAACAUCCGCAGACGAUUCAGAGUCAGAGGAAAACACUCCAUCUGGACCUGGCAUAUUUGACGUCAACCCAUCGCCUAGUAUCACGAUUCAAGGCGUCAAUUCAUCAACACAUCUCACCACACCCUCCUACACCUUUAAUGACGAAGGUGGAUCACGGACAUCUACCAGGCUGACACUACCUCCCCAUUGGAAGCGGCUUGUCGACAUUUAUGUAUCCUACACCCACAGCUGGCUCCCAAUUAUUGACCCUGCGGUCAUCACCAGCACAGCCUUGACAUAUCCUGCGAAUGGGCUGACCAUCGAAGCGGGCUUCGCGUCGGCGCUUCACGCUCAGCUUUGGGCCGUCUUUGCUGUAUCUUCGUUUCAAGAUGCAGCAACCCCUCAUGCCUCUAACGACAAUGGUUUCACUCCCGACAAGAUAUUGGCCACCGCUCGACAACUCGUACCUUUUGACGACGAAGCAAUCGAUCUAGGACAUGUCAGUGCUCUGCUUCUCCAGUCACUGGUACUGUUGGGCCAAAAAAAGACCAUGCCAGCAUGGACGCUCAUAGGCCGUGCCUCGCGUCUUGCUCUAUAUCAUCAGGCCACAGCAUCGCAUAUGUACCCAGUGAAGCAGGGAGCUGAACACUCUUUCAAUCACAACGAAAUCCGGGUUUUGUCUGCGAGUUUCAUCUUGGACUCUCUGGUAUCGCUUUGCCUUGGCCAGUCCCAAGUAACUGCAGGCAUUCGAUAUACACUUCCUUCUGUUUCGAUAGGGGACUUUCACGACUCGAAUCAACCCUGGGCUUCUGUCUCUGGUUUUGGGAAGGUGUCUGAAGACGGACAACAAUCAACGUUAGAAUGCGCGGCACCGCUCCACACAUUUCGACAGUUAUUCGCUUUUUGUGCUCUCUGGGGUGCCAGUAUGGAUCGAGGUCGCAACACGCAGAUUACUCCGGACGACCUUGUGAAAAGUCUUGAUUCUCGCUUUUCCUUUUGCAAUUCCUUAAUCUUCGGAGGCUCAACACCAAGAGUACCAUCAGCAUAUUUACUUCAGGGCAUAUUCUUGGCAAUCACCCUGGACUUGGUGCCUGGUCAUCGACCAUCCCUCUUGUCUAACUUUGUAGAGGUCGUCGAGUCGUGCGUGGAAAACUUUGGACUUGGCGGAACACCUCCGAUUGUAAACAUUCUGAUGCAAAUAGUCCAACAACACGGCCAUGUGGCUCGUUUGCAAGAAGAUGACAUUGGCAAGUGGAAUACAACGAUGCAAACACUCACUGGCACUUGGAAGACAAAGGGGCAAGGGCCAGCAUCUAAAAACAACCAGGGCACGCCAAGCACAGUGGAUCACCCAAGUCACCCAGUGGUAAGCCCGUCAUUUAUGGAUGAGUUAUCAGCCGCCACUCAUCCGACUCAACGCGUUACCCACCCAACCACUAUCACAUCUGGAGAACUGGAACGUGAGCUUGGUCAGAUGCAGCAAAGACAAAAAGAGCAAGCAUUACCAUUCGAUCGACAACGUUAUCAACCGGAACAAAGUCCAAAUUCGCAAUCAUUAUACACACUUACGCCCAAUCUUACAUUUCAUACACUACAAACGUCUCACCUCAAUGGUCAGAUACCUCAUGACUCGAACAUGCCAAGUCAGCUGUUGGAUUACGACGCCAUACUGGAUGAACUUGGAUCUAUAGACUGCGCAGAUGGCAUCGAUGUUGAUUCACAGUUUAUGACAAACUUGGGCUUUGCGCCAGGAUGCGAUUUAGGAGAGAUGUUUCAAGGCGAUUUUGGCCCAUGA